AUGGUGCGCCUACCGAUACCACAACGUUUAAGCUCCCAUCUGAGCAGGAGCAAUACUCCUACGCCUGGUCAGAGUAGAAGUACAAGUCCUAUGAGGCCCGCAGACGCCAAGCAGAUAGUCCUCAAGGUCGCUGUGUUAAAAGGGCGGAACCUUGCAGCUAAAGAUAGAGGAGGGACAAGUGAUCCGUAUUUGAUAGUAACUCUCGGAGACGCCCGGCAGUCGACCCCCACGAUAUCCAAGACCCUCAAUCCAGAAUGGAACGUUUCCUUCGAGAUGCCCGUCAGUGGGGUCCCGUUGUUGGAGUGUAUUUGCUGGGAUCAUGAUAGAUUUGGAAAGGACUAUCUGGGAGAGUUUGAUAUCCCUCUCGAGGACAUUUUUGACGAGGGUGAUACUCACCAGCAGAACUAUAGACUGAUGGAUCCAUUCAAGCCAACUUGGUAUACACUCAAAUCGAAACGAAAGCCGACAAAGAAAAAGGAUAGUAAUGUGUCCGGGGAGAUUCUUCUGCAGUUCACCUUAGUCGAUACAUCGAACCCCCUGGCUCCUUCUAGGGAGACAUAUCAGAAAUUCAAGAGCUUGGUUUGUGCAGGGGAAGAUGAGGAUGAUAUGGCAAAUGUUCCACCGCAUGAGCUGGACGAUGAGGAAUCUUCCGACGAACCCGACGAUCUCGCGAAACCCGAGGUUGCUGAGAAGCGGAGAAGACGGAAUCGUCUGGCGCGGUUGAGGCGGAAAUCACUGGCAGCCAGAGCUUAUCAAUUCUCUGGUGUCGGAAAUGGAGUGCAGGGCAUUGUGUUUAUGGAGAUUGUCAAGAUCGUAGAUCUUCCGCCGGAACGAAACGUCACGCGGACUUCCUUUGACAUGGAUCCGUUUGUCGUGACCUCGCUUGGAAGAAAGACACUCAGAACGCCAGUGAUUCGCCACAAUCUGAACCCGAUAUACCAUGAAAAGAUGGUCUUCCAGGUCAUGAAGCAUGAGCAAUCUUAUACUAUGAGCUUCACCGUGAUGGACAGAGACAAGUUCUCUGGAAAUGACUUUGUUGCUUCGGCCGGAUUUCCACUCCAAACUCUCAUCCAGGCCGCUCCAGAGGCAGACCCCGAUACAGGCUUAUACAAAUUCCUAGAUCCAUCCCUGGACCCAACGGGAUCUGAGGAAUCUACUCUCGUCUCCAAAUCUGAGGGCAGAUCUGGAGUUAGCCCGUCCCCAUCGACGAGUAGCUUAUCGAAACUGCCCAAAUCGCGCGUGAGGUCGAGAAGCUCAGUUGCUUCGUUAUCGGCUCAGUCGCAACAGGACCCGCCGACGUCAGUCCCUCAGAAGACCUCAGCCCCUCAACUAAAUGUUCCCGAGGAGGAAAGUGGUGAUUCAUUGCUUGUGCCCCCGGCCAUCAAUGUCGAAGGUGGUGCAAUCGCCCCGCUCGAAGAAGAUGGCCUCCCGGUGUAUAAAAUCCCUCUCAUACUCAAGAACAAAGAACGGUGGGAAGACAAACACAGCCCGGAAUUGACGGUCAAGGCAAAAUACAUGCCAUACCUUGCGCUGCGGCAGCAAUUCUGGAGGCUAAUGCUUAAGCAAUACGACGCCGAUGACAGCGGCCGGAUAGACAAGGUUGAACUGACCACAAUGCUCGACACGCUUGGCUCAACACUGAAGGAGUCUACAAUCGAUGGCUUCUUCGACCGAUUCCGAGGGGAGAAUGAACCCAGUGAAACGCAGGAUCUGACCUUUGAUCAAGUGGUGAUUUGCCUUGAGGACACUCUUCAGGCUCUGCAAAAGGACCCCAGGACGGUCAUCAAGAAGCACACACCAUCCUCCACUGGAAGCCAAGAAAGCGAAGAGCAUUCCAGCAGUGGCGACGAGAUUGCUGUUGAAGACCCAUCCAACACUGACCCCCACAGGAUACCUGUGCCAAUACUGUCCAGUGAAGAACAGCCUAGUUCGAAUGAGGAGGACCUUCACCCGGAUGACCUGGGCGACGAACGUGGCGAAGAGCAUGUUAUUGAGAUCCGCGAGUGUCCGCUUUGCCACCAGCCUCGACUUUCAAAACGCUCCGAUGCGGAUAUUAUCACCCACAUUGCCACCUGUGCAAGUCGGGACUGGCGACAGGUUGACAAUCUUGUGAUGGGUGGGUUUGUUACCUCUAGUCAGGCCCAGCGCAAAUGGUAUACGAAGGUCAUCACGAAGAUUUCUUACGGUGGAUACAAAUUGGGUGCAAACUCUGCCAACAUCCUUGUUCAGGACCGUAUCACCGGGCAGAUCAACGAGGAGCGUAUGAGUGUGUACGUCCGAUUGGGCAUCCGACUGUUGUACAAGGGGCUCAAGAGUCGAGAAAUGGAAAAGAAGCAAAUUCGCAAAAUUCUCAAGUCUAUGAGUAUUAAGCAGGGUAAAAAGUACGACGAUCCCGCCUCAGCAAGUCAAAUCCAGGAUUUCAUCAACUUCCACCAAUUGAACAUGUCGGAGGUUCUGCUGCCCAUCAAUGAGUUCAAGACUUUCAAUGAAUUCUUCUAUCGUCAGUUGAAGCCAGAUGCUCGUCCUUGCUCGGCCCCCGACGAGCCCAGGAUUGUCGUAUCCCCGGCCGACUGCCGCUCAGUUGUUUUUGACCAUAUGAGUGACGCCACCGGGAUCUGGGUCAAGGGUAGAGAAUUCUCCAUUGAAAGACUUCUCGGCAACGCUUACCCCGAGGAUGCCCAUCGCUACAAGAACGGAGCUCUCGGGGUAUUCCGUCUUGCUCCUCAGGACUACCACCGCUUCCACAUUCCCGUGGAUGGCGUCAUGGGCACCCCCAAGACAAUCGAAGGCGAGUACUACACGGUGAACCCGAUGGCGAUUCGCUCCGCGCUGGACGUAUACGGAGAGAACGUCAGAAUCCUGGUGCCGAUUGACUCGGUUGCCCAUGGGCGGGUCAUGGUCGUCUGCGUCGGCGCAAUGAUGGUCGGAAGCACAGUGAUCACCCGUCAAGCUGGAGAGCAGGUGACCCGUGGUGAAGAGCUCGGAUACUUCAAAUUCGGAGGUAGCACCCUCCUGCUUCUGUUCGAGGAGGGAAUGAUGAACUUUGACCGUGACUUGGUGGACAACUCCAAGGGUCCUUUGGAAACUCUGAUCCGAGUAGGCAUGGCCGUGGGCCACAGUCCCGACCACCCCCAAUAUGAACCUGACAUGCCCAAGAAGGCAGAGAACAUCACAGUUGAAGAGAUGCAGGCCGCCAGGCGUAGAAUCGAAGGCAGCUUGACUCCCUUGACUGAUGAGGCCCCAUAUUCUCAGUGA